GCAGCACAAAGAGAAAGCCAAAGGAGGGUAGGGCCUGAAUGAAUGUGGAUGUUGAACAUAAUAAGUCAAAUAUGGACAAUGCAAACAAAGGCUUUGGCUUUUUAUUGUACACACAAGCAUACAAUGUGUCCUUCCACAGCAGCUCCAGCUUGACCACACAUUCCCAUCCAAAUUUGUAGAAAAUUUGGGGAAAAUACCUAUGCAGAGCACCACCUGCUUAUUUUUGAAAAUGUGAAAGAAAGAAGAAAUGAUAGGGGAAUGUGGAGGGACAAAUACAAGAACUGUCAAAGUGGCAGGAAAGACAAGACUGGCAAGGAAGAAGAGUGUUUUAAUGGAGAAAGCAUCUGAUAACUCUGUCUGUCCUCUUCCGACAAAUCCCUUGGAAACAAUGCCUGCCUUCUAUACAACUCUCUUGAUUCAAUGCUUCCUCUCGUGAACAAAUUUUACAAAGAAACCCACAAAUAUAUCUGAAUUUUUUUGUUACCUAAAGAUUACCUUCUCUUUCUUUUUCUUGGCCUCCUCAUUGUCUGUGCAUGCAGAGUACUAGAGGAGCUGAUUACCGAGUUUUGACAGCCUCAUGUGAUGUCAUGUGAAUCAUUAUUGAGGCUAAAAAAAUUGCCAUUGUUCGAGGAUCUGUGUAAGGAAUGAUGAGAACUUAGAGAUGGUAAUAAAUUCCAGAUGUGUUUAUUUUUAGCAGGGAAAGGAUUUGAAAGGUGGUGUGAAAAGGUUGCAGGGACUGUCUGACAUGGUGAUAAAAUAAGAUAUUUGGUCCGUGACACCCAAAAAAGGAGCUGGUCUUCAGAGGAGUUCUGCAAAUGUCAAUGGCUAGGCUGGUAGGGAAUAUGGCCUAGUUUUUUUAUUCUGUUUCAGGUUUAUAUUGAUUAGAACUCAGUAAAAAUUAGAGGGAGAGAGAGAGAGAGAGAAAGUGGCAGAGGAUGGGUUUGUUAAUGCAGAGAAGGAGGAGGAGGAGGCAGAUGAACAGGUUUAAUUUUAAGCAGGAGGUGACCACUUUCAGAGCUUUUUACUGGAUUGGAGUAUUGCUGUUCUCAACAUUAUUGUUCCUGGCUUGUUAUGGUGGAUCCUCUUCUUUCAUUGAACUCCCAGUUGCAGACCAUGAUGGACUCUACAGAGGAGUAGCUUUCAGGGAUUUUCAGCAAAACUACAGAAUUGGAGGAAGAAGAUUUCUGAGUGGACCAGGGUCCUCUCCACCUCGUUGCAUCUCCAAAUGUGGCAAGUGCACCCCAUGCAAGCCUGUUCAUGUGCCUGUACCACCAGGAACCCCUGUAACAGAAGAAUACUACCCAGAGGCGUGGAGAUGCAAAUGCGGUAACAAAUUAUACAUGCCCUGAUGUUACAAAUUACUGCCAACAUUAUAAUAAUAUAUCAUUCAUGACAGCAUCAUCAUAUACAAGUACUAUUACUCCAUGAUGGCAUAUAUAUAUACAAAAGGAAUCAGUACCACUGCUCAUCUUGUGGGGCUCGAUAAGGAUAUAUACACAGAACCUCCACAUGGUACUAUGCCUAGCACCUUGUCUUAUACCAGGCCUAUGUUUAAAAAGCUUGACUGUGCCUGUAAAUCUCUAUUAGUUUUACAAAUUCUUUGGUUCUUCAGAGCAAAAGGACAAAAUGCACUGUGUACUGAAUUUAUGAUAAGGCCUGCUUUUACAGACCCCUUUACAAAAUUUGGAUUGAUCAAUCAGUUCAUUCUGUAGAAAAUAUAUGGGAACCACAGUACUGUUAAGACUUUAAUCUUGACUUUCAGUUGAAGGUAAUUAAUCCCACUGUAAUUGCAUGUUUGAGUGUGCUAAGUUAAGUGUUGAGAAUCGAAAGCGAGGCUGGCAAAAGGCAAAUUAACAGUUUCAGGCAGCUGUACUUGCAUAGUUGUCGGAUUUAAAACCAACGGCUCUUCUUAAUGAAAGCCCAGUGUUUUCUGUCUUAUGUACAGUUGGAAAAAUUUGUCACUUACAUCAUGACUGAUACAUCACUGAAGUGCUGUUUUGUUUGAUUGUUUCUGGGUUAUUCCCAAAUUAAUAUGGGAUUAUAUGUAUCAUUAUCAUUGGAGAAUCCUAUGGGAUGUUUUCUCCAAGGAAGUUCAA